AUGUCUGCCCUGAGGCUGAUUUCUAACAAAACCUCCCAGCAGGCCUUGGCUAACUCUGAUUACACCUGGGAGUACGAGUACUAUGAGUAUGGACCAGUGUCAUUUGAAGGCCUGAAGGCUCAUAAAUAUUCCAUUGUUAUUGGAUUUUGGGUUGGUCUUGCGGUUUUUGUCAUCUUCAUGUUUUUUGUCCUGACCCUGCUGACGAAAACAGGAGCGCCACAUCAAGACAAUGCAGAACCUUCUGAGAAAAGAUUUCGCAUGAAUAGCUUUGUGGCAGAUUUUGGAAGACCUCUAGAGUCGGAGAGGGUCUUUUCUCGUCAAGUAGCUGAAGAAUCCCGGUCACUUUUCCAUUUCUGUAUUAAUGAAGUGGAACAUUUGGACAAAGCAAAGCAAAGCCAGAAAGGUCCAGGUUUGGAGAGUAAUAUCCACUUCCAGGAAGUUCCCAGGAGCAGCGGAAUGUUUGAGGAGGACCUAAAUUGUCUUACAAAAUUUAACAUCCCUAACUUUGUGAACACAGAGCAGAACUCUUCACUAGGUGAGGAUGAUCUCCUCAUCUCAGAGCCACCAAUUAUUUUAGAAAGCAAAUCAGUCAUGCAGUCUUCCCAUCGGAUCCUUGACUGA